ACACAGCAACCAGCCAGCUGCCACACUAGAAGCGACCGAAGCUUAAGCUUAGCUAGCGGAGAGAACAAGUCGUCAAUCUGCUUGCUGCUGCUUUAUAGUAGCUUUUGUGAAUUGCGGUGGAGGGCAUGUCGAGCGCGUCGUCCAUGGAGGCGCUCCACGCCGCGGUGCUCGAGGAGGAGUCGGCCAUCGUGACGAGCAGCAGCGCCACGAGCGGGGAGGAAGGCGGCCACCUGCCGCAGGGGUGGGCGAAGCGGAAGAGGUCGCGCCGCCAGCGAUCGGAGGAGGAGAACCUCGCGCUCUGCCUCCUUAUGCUCUCCCGCGGCGGCCACCACCGUGUCCAGGCACCGCCUCCGCUCUCGGCAGCGGCGGCGGAGUUCAAGUGCUCCGUCUGCGGCAAGUCCUUCAGCUCCUACCAGGCGCUCGGCGGCCACAAGACGAGCCACCGGGUCAAGCAGCCAGCCCCCGCAGCCCCCGUCGUCGCUGUGCUGCCUCCAGCCGAGGACCGCGAGCCAGCCACGUCAUCCACCGCCGCAUCCUCCGACGGCGCGUCGGGCAGAGUCCACAGGUGCUCCAUCUGCCACAAGGAGUUCCCCACCGGGCAGGCGCUCGGCGGGCACAAGAGGAAGCACUACGACGGAGGCAUAGGCUCCGCCGCUGGCGCCGGCGCAUCCUCAACCGAGCUCCUGGCCACGGUUGCCACCGAGUCUGAGGUGGGCAGUUCCGGCAACGGCCACUUCGCCGCCCGCGCGUUCGACCUCAACCUCCCGGCGGUGCCGGAGUUCGUGUGGCGGCCGUGCUCCAAGGGCAAGAAGAUGUGGGACGAGGAGGAGGAGGUCCAGAGCCCCCUCGCCUUCAAGAAGCCGCGCCUUCUCACCGCGUAAUUCAGCUGCACGGAUCCGAUCCGUCAGAGAGUUUUUGGUCUAGGGAGUGAAAUUCAGUCGAACACACUAUUCGUUGAUUCGUUUUGUGCCGCUAUUGUUUAAUUUGUUCCUGCUUUUGUACAGAGAAAAGUGAGUGAUACAUAGCCAUACAUACAUACAGAUAUAGGCAUCCUAGCUCCUUGGUUCUUUGUAACAUUGGAUCUGUACCUGUAUCUUUUACACUUUUGUUCUUUGGCAAUCAGUAUAUUGUAGACCAUUCGAUCA